ACAGGUUUCACCUAGAGCUCCCACAAAUGCUAGAACUGGCCCUGUCUGUGACACAACACUAACGGCGCCAAAACGGUGGGACAAGAAGAUAAAGGCAGUCUGCAGACCACACGGAGAAGGAGCCAAAAGUGAAUGCAGCUUGGGGGCUGGUCAUUUCAUAUCUGGCAAGAUGGAGUCCACAACGGAAGACGCUUUGGAGGAAGUAUUGCAGCCUGAUGACAGCAUGCAGGACUCAAACGAGAAAGCCUUAGAAACUGAGGACGAUACAAACACAGCCAAAACUAUAUGCAGCUUGGAUGCUGGUCAUUUCAUACCUGAUGACAACAUGCAGGACUCAAAUGACAAUGCCUCCGAAACGGAGGACAAUGCAAAUUCAGGUGAUGAUGUCGAUUUUGAGCCGAAUUCUGAUGUCUCCGAUGCCUCUGAUUCACCCAAUGACGCCACUGAGAUGGUGAUGGACAUGGAGGAGACAUCAGCUCAGGAAUGGAAAUCAAAACAUGGGGAAAUUGUCUGGUCUCCCACUCACUACGAGACGCUGCGCUACACUCCAUACAAAGUUCUCACCCCGGGACCCACACGAUACGCCAUCUCUCGGAUCAGCACUGUGAAGUCCUGCUUCGAUCUCUUCAUGACGGAGGAAAUCAUCCAGCUUGUUCUGGAUAUGACAAACCUGCAUGGGAGACGUUCGACCACAGAUUGGAAAGACAUAGAUGCCACUGACUUGCAGGCAUACUUUGGACUGCUGAUUCUGGCCGGUGUAUACAGGUCACGCAACGAGGCUACCAGCAGCUUGUGGGAUGACCACACAGGACGGGUCAUCUUCCGGGCCACCAUGUCCCACCGUGCAUUCAAUACUAUAAAUUCAAACCUGCGAUUCGAAGACAAAAAGACACGACCUGCGCGUCGUAAGGACGACAAGCUGGCUGCCUUUCGGACCAUCUGGGAGAAGUGGGUGCAGCGCCUCCCUCUUCUGUUCAACCCAGGCCGGGAUGUCUGUGUAGAUGAGCAGCUUGUUGCGUUCAGGGGCCGCUGUGGAUUCCGCCAAUACAUGCCCAGCAAACCUGCAAAAUAUGGGUUAAAGAUCUGGGUCACCUGCGACGUCAGUACAUCAUAUGCAUGGAAGAUGCAAAUCUACACGGGAAAAUCUGCUGGCGGUGCCCCGGAGGUGAACCAGGGAAAGAGGGUCGUCCUGGACAUGACGGAGGGGCUCAAGGGGAACAUUGUGACUUGUGAUAAUUUUUUCACCUCUUACGCACUGGCAGAGGAGCUUCUGAGAAGGAAAAUGGCCCUGGUUGGUACAAUUCGUAAGAACAAGCCAGAGCUUCCCCCGAAGCUGGUGAACAUAAAGCACAGAGCGCCCUUAUCCUCCCUGUUUGCCUUCACCAAGACGCACACAUUGGUGUCCUACGUACCAAAACGGGGGAAGAAUGUAACGCUCCUCAGCACCAAGCACCGCGAGCCAGCUCUGAGUGACUUCGACCACAAGAAGCCAGUGAUAAUUACCGACUACAACAGCUGCAAAGGAGGUGUCGACAACCUAGAUAAGUGUGUUGGCACCUACAGCUGUCGUAGAAAGUGCUGUCGGUGGCCACAGGUUCUCUUCUUCAACAUGCUGGACGUCUCUGCCUACAACGCAUUUGUGCUGUGGACAGCCGUAGAUCCCUCCUGGAACCAGGGCAAGACCUUUAAACGGAGGCUGUUCCUAGAGGAGCUGGGGAAAAUGCUGGUGUCCCCACAAAUGCAACGGAGAGAGCGCCUCCCCCGCACAUCAUCCUCUGCUGCCAUGGUGAAGAGUAUGCAGAACUCAGGGGAAAGGGAUCCAGACAGCACCACCAGCAAAAGGAGAAGGUCGUGCAACUUCUGCACUAACAAAAAGGCAAAGAUUUACAACACCUGCAGCAGCUGUGGCAAAUAUAUCUGCAAAGUCCACACAACAUUGUUCUGCCGCAACUGCUGCUGAUGAACUGAAUUGAGCUCACACACCCACGCACACACCCACCCACCCACCCACCCACCCACUCACCCCAGCUACCUCUGUAUUUUUUUUGGGCGUCUUUUUAAAUGUUUUUGUAUUAUACAGUGUUUUGUGAACAGAAGGUUGACCUCACCUCGCCAGCAGAGCUGAACUGCUCUGUGUGUGCAGCUCAUAUGGUCCUGUCAUUCUGUUAAAUCCGCAGGCAUCAGGGCUGUAACCUACACACACACACUAGGCAUGGGUUUCACUACUUGAUACUUUUAUGGUAUUGACCAAAACAGCCUGGUAUUGAGUAGAAUCAAAACAUCUCCAGUCAACCCAGUACUUCAAUUGAGACUUUUUGUAAACGGAUCAUGGCAAUAAAUUACUAUUUGUAUGGUUUUGCUUGCAGCCAAACAUGCAAACAACACAGUGAAAGAAAGAGAAGAGCAGCCUUUUUUCCUUAUGUGCCUUCAACAUUAACUGUAUAAUAAAAAAGGCUUGCUUGCGCCGAGUCCAUGCGUGAUUUUAACAGCCGCUCACCUUUGCUGCGGUCUCAGGCAUGUUUGUCACUGUUGCAAGUUUAAUAAUUUUCCGUUGUUUACUUUCAACACAAGCUGUAGUCUUUACCCUUUUAGGCUAAUACUACCAGUGAGGAUGACCGAAUUAGGAUGAGGAGCGAUCUAAUACAAUUUCCCAAUACUUUUAUGUAACAGUUAUUUGAAACAAGAAAAACUAAAAUGGAUAAACUUGCUUUUCCAUAACAAUAAAGACAAUAAUAGGCUACCAAUCAACUACUAUGGCUUCAACAGGUGGCAUUUUAUGCAAGGUAUCGAAUGAAGUGAUACUGGUAUCAAAAAAUUUUAAAUGAUAACCAACCCAAACACAUACAAGCAACACUUACUACAAGAUCAGUAAACACUGUUUGAAAACAGCACAUAGUAUUGGUAAUAUGGAUGACAUGAAUCCUCUUUAUAACAAUAUAGAAUAGCAUUAAUAAGGAGGGAUGCUUCUGCUAUGUAGUCUACCUCUUGAAGAAAGAUUGGUCAAUGCCAUGAUUGCCUGGAUAUAGCCUUCCAUAGACUGUAUUCCACUUGACUUACACACUUGUGUCCAAACUUUUGAGCACAGAAUCAAUAAUGAGUUUCUGCUCUGACAUUUUCAGUGGCAAAAUAUUCACAGUAGAAAUAAGCUAAUACAUCAUUAAAAGGUUGUGCUGCACAGCAGCAGCUUUAAUCACACAACUAGCCUACCUCGCUGUCUGUUAUUGCCUACUCCAAAAGUGGCCUUGCCUUGCUUGCAUUUCGUGCUGAUAAGAGCUCACAUCAGGGCAUAUAGCCUAUGUUCAAAAUAAAUAUGCUUACAUGUAUUAGAGAGAAGACCGUCUCCUCCGUGUGAUUGUGCUGCUAAAGAUGUUGGAAAAAGGCCAGUGUUUCUUAUUACCUUUGCUCUCUAAUACUGCGCCUUCAUGUAUCAAACUUUGCAAACAGGGAAUGAGGCACAAUUGUGUGUCCAGUGAUUGUUACCAAAAUGUUUAGUUAUACCUAUUGCUGGGUAUCUAAGGUUUUUAAGGUUUCAACUGAAAUAACCCAGUACCAAGUAGUAUUGAAAAUUCUAUAAACGAGUAGAAAAAAAUGACUAGUUGUAUGGUUUUGUUUGUAGCUACACCGCAAGCAAUAUGCUGAAAGGAAAAAGAAGGGCAUACCUCUUUUUUUCUUGCUUAUGUGCCCACAUGUGCUUGUAAGCCUAGCCCAAUGCGUUUUAAUUUUUAACAGCCCCUCAGUAUCGGCUCUGGUCUCAGGCAUGUUCGUCAUUGUUGCAAGUUUAUCACCACACUUGUGGCUUUCCAUUUGUUUUAUCUUGUGCUAUUCUUUAACACUACUCUAUACAUCAUUUGUCACUGAUUGAUCCCUGCGUUCCAUUAAAUCAAUACAACGCUUUUGUGCCGCAGCAGAUUUUCCUCACGGAGUCUCCAGCUGCUUAUAUAGGAUGUAGUGUGAUUGGCUGGAUGUUUCUUGUCAUUUGCUUACUUCUUUAGAGACUUUACUGUAGUUUAGUGACUUGUUUAACCGACUACUUACUCAUAUUCUACCUCUGAAGGUUUGUGACUGACUACUAAAGCAAAAACCACUCGUGGAGAUCUUUGAGUUCAGUUCUUCAAGAUUUAUUGAUCAAAUGUUAGCAAAAUUAUUCUCUGUGGUUAACUCAACAAACAUAUCAAAAACUUAACUCAUUCCUUUUCCACAACUCACAGUGGACACUAUUUAAACUAUUUCACUUCUCUCUCAUUCAAAUAGAAAGGAACCUCCCAAGCUUUCGCCCUUCCUCUGAUUUUACCUGUGUGGAUGACCUAAUUAGGGUGAGGAGCGAUCUGAUACAGUUUACCGGUAUUAAACAGUUGUUUCAAAAAAAAUAAAAUGGAUCACCUUGCUUGUCCAUAACAAAAAUAAUACCAAUCAACUAUUCAUAAUUUUUACCUCUUCAAUUCAUUGAUCAAUAAUGAGAUUGUACUGCUUCUCAACUUGUAAACUUCUAUGUAAAAUGUCUUUGAAUCAAUUUUGUAUUACAGCUUAGUCUUGAAACUUUGAUUUAUGCAAUAUUUCUUUUUGUCUUUUUUAAGUUCAACUAUUGAUAUGUAUGACCUAUCAUAUGAUCUAUCAUUCAUGGUUUCUUACCUCCUGCACAAAGUUCAGUUUUUUAGAAAUUCUUACAGUCUUUUUAAAAUAUAUGCUCAAAUAAACUAAACUACUAACAAA